UUCCAAACAAAGGGGACAUUCUGUGAAAAUUCCUGGAGUUAAAAGAUGGAGUGUCUUGUCCUAUGUGUGUAUGGCUGGUCCAUCCAUAUGAUAUGCUUCUGUUCUCUCAAAGGGACCAAAAUGGAGCUGAAGCAUUCAGUGAGACUUUAAUAAAUGUGGAAAGAGGAAAGGAAAGGUAGAGUAGAGAGGGGAGGCCAUCACAGGCAUAAUGAAUAGCAUCUAUAUAUAUGGUUUAGGAGAGUGGGAAAGUGCUUCUCAAGUACAGAGACAAAUAAACAGGUUUUGGAGAUGAUGAUCCUUUAGUUAAUAAAACUGGUCAUUGGUAGGUACUAUGGAAGCAAUUAUUUGUCUUAAAUUGUCUUGAAAAGUAAUGAACUGUUUCAAAUGCUGCAGAAGGGCAUGAUAUGGUCAAAGAUAUAAUGAAGAAUGAAUGUAUAAUUAACAUUUGAAAAUUUGAAUAUUUGAGUCAAAGAGUGAAGUUCCCUCCCUUGGAGUUAUUCUGUGGUUCCUCUGUAAUGUAGGGGAGUUUCUUCUUUACUUUGCCCAAUUGCUUUAUCAGCAACAGACAGACAGGGUGCGGUUUGUUUAUUUUAUAGGAACAGCUAUAGAUGGAGAAUCUUCCUCUUAGACAGUCCUCCCAGCUUAGGGGUUUAUGCCCUGGGAUAAAAACAGCACAUUUCUUGGAUACACAGUCUGUUUCCCUGAUAUAUAUAUUUACGGUUGGAUGGACCAAGAAAAAAAAUUCUGAGCAUAGGGGAACCCUGCUCUACUACUGUGGAAAAAUCUGGAUUCAAAGUAAGCUCUGGUGGAGAUGGCAAGUUGCUCCAGUUUUCUUCUCUAUAGCUACCUCAUCAUUUUUCUGUCUCUCCAGUUGCCCACAGAGGGAUCAGGAAAAAUUGGCAAGAGGAACUUGGUCUUGCUAGGGACAAAAGCUGAGUUGCGCUGUCCUCUAUCCCUCUGGAUGGUCCCUGAGUCUAUAGAGGUGAAAUGGCUACGGACCCAGAAAUCCUCAUCUGCCCAGACUGUUCACGUGUAUCGGAAUGGGCAAGACUUCUAUGGAGAGCAGAUGCCCCAAUACAAAGGGAGAACAGCCUUGGUGAGAGACAACCAGGAAGACAAUUUCAUUCUGGAGAUUUACAACGUCCAGCUUGAAGACCAAGGGCAGUACUAUUGUCAGAUCCAGGCUGGCAUUCUGAGCAAAAACGCCACUGUGAAACUGGAGGUUGCAGCUUUGGGCUUGGAUCCUUAUAUUCAUAUGAAAAGCUAUGAAGAUGGGCAGAUUCAGCUGGUAUGCAGAUCCCUGGGAUGGUUUCCAAAGCCUCAGAUUCAAUGGAGAGAUACUCAUGGAGAGAUACUUCCAUCAGAGACCCAAUACCUGGAGAAAGAGGGGCUAUUCCAAAUGGAGACUUCUCUUAGCCUGAGAAAUGUAUCUCCAGGAAACAUGACCUGCUCUAUUUGGAAUGCUGCUCUCGAUCAAGAGAAGAAAACAACUCUAUUUAUAGCAGCCUUUUCCCAUUUGCAUGUUGCCCCCUCUACAGUGGGUCUGGUUGUGAUUCUGCCCAUCUUGGGACUCCUCAUUGCAUUGGGUAUUUAUAUCAUAUGGAAGCAACGCAGAGCUAGAGAGAAGCUUCUUUACCAACAAGUAGUAGAAAUAGAAAAUCUUCUCUCAGACCAUGGGAAAGAAAAAGGGAGACUUCAUAAAGGACUCAAGAAACAUCGGGCUGAGCUCAAACUGAAAAGAAGUGCAGCGAAUGCAGGCUGGAGGAGAGCCAAACUACACCCCGUGGAUGUGACUUUGGAUCCAGACACCGCUCAUCCCAAACUCUUGCUCUCUGAGGAUCUGAGAAGUGUGAGGCUGGGGGACAAACGACAGGAUGUUCCUGACAGCCCCAAGAGAUUUGAUUUUGUCGUCAGCGUCCUGGGGUCUCCGAGCUUUACCUCUGGCUGCCAUUACUGGGAAGUGUGCGUAGCAGACAAGACCAAGUGGAUCCUUGGGGUCUGCAGUGAGGCAGUGACCAGGAAGGGAAAGAUCACAGCAUCCCCUUCCAAUGGGCACUGGCUGUUGCGUCAGAGUCGGAUGAAUGAGUAUGAAGCUCUCACAUCCCCGCAGACUUGCUUCCACCUCAAAGAAAGCCCUCGCAGGGUGGGGAUUUUCCUGGACUAUGAAGCUGGAUUGGUCUCCUUUUACAAUGCCACCAACAAAUCCCACAUCUAUACAUUCACCCAUGCCUUCUCUGGCCCACUGCGUCCUUUUUUUGAGCCUUGCCUCCACGACGAAGGGAAAAAUGUGGCUCCUUUAAUUAUUUGUUCAGCGUCACAGAGCUCUGAGGAAUUCCUUGACUCUAACCUUUCUCCUGAGACUCCUCAAAAUGAAAAGCAGAUUUCAGGCAUUGGUAAUGGGAGCAUACCUUUGAAGUCAAACCUUUACCCCCUCCAGGAUAUUAUUUCAUCCUGGCCCUCUGAUGUCCCCCCAGCCCUUCAGGGACUCAGGGCCCCAUCCUUCUAGUGAGAUGUCUGUCUCCUGAUUGUGCCCCUACUCCCACUUCAGGCUGGCCCCAGCAUCCAAGUUUGUCAGAUGAAGAAACUGAGGCUCAGAGACUGUGACUUGUCCAAGAUCAUAGCUAUGGACCUAGGUCUUCCUGACUCUGACUUCUAUGCCAAUGAUCCCCAUAGAAGCAUACUUGGUCCUGUUACAAGGCAAGCACAGAAGUAUGAGAAACACUACCCUGGAAAGAAGACUUUUAAACAAUAGGAUUCCCUGAACUGUGGGACCCAGAUGGGGAUAGCUGAGGAAAAACUGGCAGAUACACCAGCCUGGUAUGUGUACUUGAAUAGAGAGCCAUCCUUGAGUUAAAACUUGGGCUCAGCAAGAAUGCCAAGAGGCAAAGUCAAGAACUGUAGCUUCCUGGCAAACUUCAUUUGACCAAGGAGUAGUACGCUGAGAGUGUGAGGCUAGACAAGGUCACUGGGCAGGCAACUGACUCCUCAACCAAGCCUGCCACACAUAUCAGUGAGCCAGUGACCGACAAGGGGCAGUAGGAUCCCUUUUACAUAGAAAGGGCAAGUCUGAAGUGAGACCGACUUUGUGUGGCUUGUGGAGACUGGACCUAUUCAUGUAGAGACUCAUUUACCAUGUGGGAUAAGCCUAUUCAGCCCAUCCAUCCGCCAAUUGCAGGAAGAGUCCUACACAGCUCUGAACUCCCACCCAUAAUGACUUAGAUUACCUCAUCAGUGUUAAAGAUGAACUGUUUUUGUCAUCUUUGACCAUUAAAGUGGGUACCUCGCUUUUUCUUCCUUUUCUCUUUUUAGACUGGGAAGUCAGGAGGGAAGACAGGACCAAGGGGGGAGGAAACACAUUAGAGAAUCUGUUUUUCCAGAGCUGAAACUGCCUUUACAAGAUCGACUCUUCAUGCAACUGUCUCAUUUUUUAUUUUGCAUUCUGAGUGUCAGAUUCACAUGAAGUUGUCAACUUUAAUUCACUAAGGUGUUUGUUUCAUCUCUCGCCCACAUAUUCAUUCUUGAUCGGUCUGGUAAAGCUUUCCCAAUAUUGGUAUAAAUGGCUGAUAAUCCUUUGAACGAUAAAAAUAAACAAAAAGAGAAUUUGAUUUCUGAAUCUCAUGCUAACAAUGCUAUUUCAAGUCCAUUUAAACUUCAUGAGAUUAUUUGUGAAGCAACAAAAAACGCCCAUCUCCCCCAAACCUGGAUUUACCUGGCAACCUUUUUAGUCUUGUCCUGUUUAUGUUCAUUCAUCCAAUGAAAAUCGAGACUUGUCGGGCAAGUAGUUGAGUGUAGUCACUGGUCUGGUUGUUAAGAUCCUUGGGUUUUAGGCCUGGCUCUGGUUCUGUCUAGGUGUGUAAGUCUGGAUAAAUCUCUAGGACAAGUGUGCUGCCUUAGUUUUUUCCUCUGUGAAAUAAAGGAAUGGGACUAUA